AUGACCACCAGGUACAUCCUCCAAGUGACUCUCCUGCUGUGCUUCUCCACCACAACGCUUUCCGGGAGCUACAACUUGCUUUAUUUCCAACAAAAAAGCAGCAAUUUGGCGUGUCUGAAGCUUCUACUGCAGCUGAAUGGGACCCCUGAAUUUUGCCUCAAGGACAGGAUGGACUUCAAGUUCCCUGAGGAGAUUAGGCAACCACAGCAUUUCCAGAAGGAGGACACCGCACUGAUCAUCUAUGAGAUGUUACAGCAAAUCUUUGGUAUUUUAAGAAGAGAUUUCUCCAGUACUGGCUGGAAUAAGACCAUCAUUGAGAAUCUUUCAGCUGAACUCUAUCAGCAGAUGGACCAUCUGGAGACAACCCUGGAGGAAAACAUGGAGAAAGAAAACUCCGUGUGGGAAAACAUGGUGACAAUUCUGCGCCUGAAGAACUAUUAUUUGAGGAUUGUCCGGUACCUGAAAGCCAAGGGCUUCAGCAAUUGUUCCUGGACUGUAGUCCAAAUAGAAAUCCUCAGGAACCUUUCCUUCAUUAUCAGACUCACAGGUUUCCUCCACAAUUGA